CACCUUUGCCGUUGACUGACCAGGAUCUGCCAGCCAUAUUUGCGCUAACCCAUAAGUAGUGACAUCCCCCUCCGCAUACCUUUUUUGCCCUCUCUUUGCGUUAUAUGUGCCAUUUUUGCUCUUCUCCAGGUCCCUGUCACUCCUACAGUUCUGCAAUCGCUGAUCGUUCCGCCCGUGCUGACCCUGUAUCUGUGGGACGUCCCUUCAACUCUCUCAUAUCCACCCACUAUCCAUCCAGCCUCGAGGCCAACUCCGGGUCUCGAGCCCGUAUAGAUAUCGAGCGAUUCCAGCGCGGACGGCCUGCGGGGUGGCCACCGACGUCUUCUCUCCGUCUGCCAGUGCUCAGCGACACCAACCUGAACCAUUUCUCACCACCAGUUGCCUCGCAUCUACUCAAUCGACCGCCUCAACCGAUCGCAUCGCAUCCCGUUCGAUCGUACCUGCGACACCCGAACUGUAUCUGCUACUCUCAUACUCUGAAUAGCCUCAUUCGACGCCAAGCUCCACUGCAUCUGCUGGCUCAAACUUUUCUCUUCUCCCUUCACACACAAGCUUCUAGCUUGCCAAACUAGCCCAUCAUGGACCACAGUUCGAUGGCCAGCUCGACGGACUGCAAGAUGUCGGUAUGUUACUAUCCCCGGCCUCCGAGUACAUGUGCUCGACUAACAUGACGACUAGAUGU